CCUUCACACGCGGUUUACAGUCCUGUGUUUCCUCCAGUAGUAGCUGCUGAGGUGAACAUGGCCGAUCUGUCGGAGAGGACGUUACAGGUCGCUAUAGUCGUUUCUUUUGCGGCGGGUUUUGUCGCAGGCUGGCAGGCAAACAGAAUGAGAAGAAAGUUCUUGGACUGGCGGAAAAAGCGAUUACAGGACAAACUCGCAGAAACACAGAAGAAGCUAGACCUGUCAUGAGAGAUAAAAAAUAUCAUGUUGGCUAACUAACUGACCUGUGACUUUGGUCAUCAAAGCCCUGAAUUCUGAAUGAGUCUGUAACAGCACCUCUUUUGGAGCUCUCAGCAGGAGCAAGCCCGGGAUCAGAGACAGUCUACAUUCUGGAGGAAAGCAAUACAAUCUUUAAGGAAUUUAAACAAUGAGAAACAUUUUCCUUAAUGUUUGUGAAAGCCAUACAUCAUAGUGUUUCCAUGUCUGUGCCUUCUCCUUUUCUGUAAAAUGGCCGUAAAAUGAAUUGAAAUGUUUGUUGACUCAAUAAAAAAGUAAUAUGCAUAUUA